AUGGGAAAAGGUAACUUAAGGUUCGGCGGAAAGUCAGGUAUUUUACCGAAACCCCGUCCGAUUUUCAAACGUAACCCAAUCAGACUCCCUACCGAGUCCGAACUCCAACAAGAAGCACAAGCAGAACAAGGUUACGUCGAAGGGAUACCAGAGCCUGUGAAGUCCGGAUUUAAAUUCCCUAGGGCUCCUGUUUCGAAGCCAGUGGUAACAGUACAAGAAAGAAUCGUCAAGACCAUAGACCAGCAAGCAGCCAAGGUCGCCAACAUCGAUACAUCUAAGUUAUCACAGGACGAAAUAUGGCAACUCAAGAAAGAUGAAAUCCGUAGAGCUCACUUAAGAGAUGCGUACCUCAUCGAAGAGAAAAGGUUAGCCAGAAUUGACGAAUUGAAAGCCAAGCAGGAAGCUAAGCAAAGAGAAGAGAAGGCCCUCGAGAAGGUGUACGAAGAGUCUACUGCCACCAAAUUGACCUUACCUACAAUUGAUUCAUACUUAAAGGGCCCUCUCGUAAGAAGGAGAACAGCCGAGGAAGAGGAACUUUUACACGAGCAAAGAGUUCUUAAUCGUAUGCAAGCAGACUUGAAGUACAGGGAAAGAAAAGCCAUUGAUGUGUUAGACUUGUACCAUGCCGCCAGUCAGUUCAUUACUACUGAGAAGGAAUUGGAACAGGCCAUCACUGAUGCAUUUGAAGUUAACGUCGACAAUUUCGACAAGGAGAUGGAAGUAGAGGCUAAGUUGGCAGGACGUACAUAUGCAAUCUCCCAUCAACUGAAGAAUGAAGCCAUUAUAAUCGACCACGCCUUGGGUGAGCUUAACGGCCAAGCAGGCUUAGAAUCUAUUGAAAAUGCCUUGGAUGGAGAACUUGAGAAGUUGAGAAUGAAGGCACAGACUGCAUCGAUUGAAUAG